AUAUUGAUCAAGUUAGAUUUUCUAAGGACGCACGUUGAUAAGAUCUUGUAUUUGUCGAUUGUCCGAGAAUUUGUCCGUGAUACGUCAAAACAUACGUCGCCACGAUUUUCGGUGGAUGUUCGCCGCCCGCCAUUCUAGCCUCGUAAUAUUUCGCCUAUGACGUCAUUUGUGAAUUACACAAGCGUCACCGCUCAGUCUAUUGUGGAAAAUUUCGUCGGAUCCAUGGCAGCCCCGAGCGAGCUCUGUUUUUCCUAAUAAAAAAAAACUGUAUCGACGGAUUUGAGAGCGUAGUGUUGUCAACACUGACGGAUCAUCAUUGACAGUGUUUUAUCCCCAAGAGGACCUCAUCUGUACAAAGUAUAGUUCCAGUUUUCUGUAGCAACUUGGCAACUCAUUAAAAUGUCGAUGCAGCAAUUUUGCUUGCGGUGGAACAAUCAUCAACCGAAUUUCAUUUCGGUGUUCUCAAAUUUGUUAAACAAUGAGACUCUAGUAGAUGUAACAUUGGCUGCCGAAGGUAGGCACCUUCAGGCGCAUAAAGUUGUACUCUCUGCAUGCAGUACAUACUUUCAAUCACUGUUCACCGUGAAUCCAUGUCAACAUCCGAUUGUCAUACUAAAGGAUGUUAAAUUCUCUGAUCUGAAGAUCAUGGUUGACUUUAUGUACUAUGGCGAAGUAAACAUAUCACAGGACCAGUUGCCAUCAAUUAUAAAGACUGCAGAGAGUUUAAAGAUAAAAGGACUCGCGGAAAUGCAUACCGCAUCCCUGACCAAGUGGCCGAGCAGUAGUAGCGAACCUGGAGGAGGGGACCGCGGUGAAUCUUGUUCACCCAGUCCGUCCCCGUUGUCGCCGUCGUUUCGUAGAAAAAGAUUAAGGAAAUCGUCUACAGGUUCGACAUCCGGAUCUGGUGAUAAACCAGAAGAAAUCAAUGAAAUCACCUUAGUUGCUACCAAUAUUGUAAAACCAGAACCAUUAAUAGUGUCGCAAGAAACUGGCGAAAAUCUUAGGAGGCCCGUGAAUACCAAUACAGAAUCUCAGGGGAGCAUAGACGAAGAUCAAAUAUCAAUUAUGAGCAACAUGGAAAACAGUUCGGCUACAACACCAGCGCAGAGCGACGGUUCGAUACAAGACGUGAGUCAACAAUCAGGUGGCAAUGUGGUGCAGAGUUCAGUUUCUUCGCAACCACCUGCGCAUCAAGGAUUGCAAUGGACUAUUAUGGAGCACACAUAUCCACGUUUCGCUCUGUCCUCGUGUCAAACGAAUCUGUCGAUCCAAGCGUCAUCAGCUUUUACCACGCCCGAAAUAACAGCUUCCUCGACCAUCAGCGAUCAGUACUCUGGUACCAGCACAACUGGUUCCAGUUGCGCCCUGACGAAUUACCCGAACUCCUCCCACGGAACAUUGCAGCACGCAUCAUCGAGCGGACCAUCGCCGUCGACGCAGUGUCCCAGUAACUGCCAGAGUCCUUGCGCCAGUCCGCAAACCGCGAUUAAAAGGAAACGUUCGACGAAUCCUCAGGCAGACGAAAACUUUAUCAGAGCGCUGGACGCCGUACGUUACGGCGGCAUCGGGUUCUGUAAAGCGGCCAGAAUGUUCGGUGUGAACAAUCGAACGCUCUGGCUAGAAUACAAGAAGCGAGGCUAUCCGAACAACCGUCCCAGCCUGAAGUCGAGGGUCAAGCAAGAAGUGAAUUCCUCGCCGCCGCCUGCGCCGUCUGCUCAGCCCGUUAACUCACAAAGUCCCACCCCGAUGGGACCACCCACCACUCCGCACAGUGCACACAAUACCCACAGCACGCACACCAUGUUGACCACCCACAGCCCGCACACGAUGCUGAGUAAUUACAUAGACAGCAGGCACACGGACUACGCGUUGCCCAGCACCACGAUGCCCAUCAAUUUGCAUGGCGUUAAUUACAACGCGAUGUGAACCGGCCACGACGCGCCGACCGUCGUUACUUGUAUAGACGAGCUUGAGAAGUAUUAGAUUCUACGGAGAUAGAAAAUUCGUCGGCGAUAGUCUAUGAUAACGAGAAGAACAAAGUGGAGGGAGGGAUCGUAAAGUGUGAAACGCAGCGAAACACAGUUUUUUAGAUAUCUUUUUGCCUAGUUCGUACAUACCGAUAAGCAGACCCUGGCACAGCCGAGAUCGGGAUCCAAAUUUACACGAGAAAGAUAAUUAAGUAAGCUCUUAUAGUCAUGACGCGAUCGAACAAUAUUAAGUAAUAUUUUUUACACGAAGAGCAAUAAUCGCCACGUUUCGUCCUCGCUGUUUGUAACUCGUAGCCAAGGGUUACCUAGAAGUUUCCGCCUUGAGGAGGCAUGUACGCUUAGUAGAACCAAAGACAGGCCGAUGUUCCUAAUUUGUUUAUGGCUAAACAAUUAAAUUUAAGUAACAUGCAACGCCGCCUAUUUUUUUAGCGCGUUAUUCAGGUGUCUACUAUUAAAACAAAAUGCACCAGGUGUUGAGAUUUUAUUUGAAUUAGAGAUUAUUCAAACGUUUUAUAAAUCAUACCGGUGCAUUCGACAGAUUUACGACGAAACGGAGUAUUAUUGUUCUUUGUAGCAAAAAAUGUUACUUGUUACUCAACAUUUUCUUUUAAGAUACAUUGAAGGUUUCAAAAUGGCGCGAGGGCCUUCAAGAGGCUCUGCCUAUAUGAAGCUGGGGAUAACGUAGAUCUCGAUUAAAGAGAUGAUCAUCAGUACAUACUACAGAGAUUUUUUUAUAAUAGAGUACACGCGCGUAACCGAAGAUGUCGCGUACCAAUGCUUAGAACUCGUCGGCAAGACAUUCUUAACGACGAUCGGUAAAUUCAAUUUUUUACAAUUUUUUUACGCGAAAGAAAACUAGUUCAUACUCUUUUAUUUUUUUAUUUUAUCAAAGGUGGAAAUUGUACAUUGACAGAUGGUUUUAUCUUUAUCCACAAUUUAGAUACUUAUUUACGAAUAAUUAGCUAACAAGGAAUCAAAACGAAUCAAAUAAAUAAGUCAAUGAGUUCUAAUUGCACAUCGACGUAUCGUAAGUUGCCCGUAAUGACUAGAAGUUUUGGCAAGAGAUAGAACAAAUUCUGAAAGAGGUUCCUUCUGUUGUAACUUAUCGUUUAAAGUUUGAAUCAUGCGAUGUGAUAGAACAAGAUUUCAGAUAUUUAUAGGUGGACUAUAUCGAACAUUUUCUUUUUCCUUAAAUGAUUUCUAUCGGCCCUAUCUAUACACAUUUGAUCGAUCUUUGCGAUGAUUUCAACUUGUAAAAGUUCAAGUUGGUGCAAUAUAUCUCUUUGCGUUUAUAUAGUGAGAACUAUUUUGCUCGACCAACUUUUAGCUAAAAGCUAAUACGAACGCCGCGUAACUUGUGUACAUAGUAAAUAAAGUAACGAUACGAAAUAAUUAGUCUGAAGAAUUAUAUCAUGUGUACUUUGAAGUACUACUUGCACAGUUAAUGCAUCCUACGUAACUAACGAUUAAUUAUAAGAGAACAAGAGAGUCAAUACAUGUAUUACGAUGUAUUACGAUUGAUUGUUGUCACGUUAGUAAACGAUUUAUGUUUGUGAGUGCUUUUUCGUAACGCGUACGAUAGUUUUCGUAGAUUACAUAGUAUAUCGUUUACAGGCUGCGCAGUCGUUCAAAAUUUUAUCAAAUAAUUCUGCAUCGCUUAAAACUUUCAGCUGCUCAGGGUGUAUUGUAAAAUAUGAUCCAACGGCAGAAUACAAGUCGGAAUUUAAAGUUGUCAGAAUAAAUGAUCAGAAGUCAAGAGUUACGUUGCACAGUCCUUAUAGACGUCAAAAUACAAACUUGAAGAGUCAAAUUCUGUGCGGAUUAAAAAAAUUUAAUUAAUGUUUGUCUUUUUUGGACAUUUGCAUCAACAUUUUUCAUUGUUUUUAAUCGUCGAACGCCUUCUGAAGUUAUAUUCACAUGUUCGACUUCAUCACGAACAUAGAUGUAACAGGUUACAGGGUAUAGCGCGAAAUUAAGACGUGCAGAAUCUCGUUAGAUAAGAAAACCGCGAAAAAUCGGUUUUCACCGUAACGAAAAUGUCUUCGAAUUGUCUUUGGACAUUUACAGACGAUAGUAUUAAAAUUGUAUGAGAUUCUUUUUAUGGUUUCCUAAGAGUUAGUUAGCAAAGCGAUCUUUUCUAUUAAUUUGUAAUUUGUACAAAUAUAUUUUUCUAUUUAUGCAUCGAGAAGCAACGUGCUUCGUAACAGUGCAAUACACGAGAGUAAUUGUUUUCCUAAUUUACACGAUGGUUUGUUGUAUGUACGGAUAUAUUACUAACUUGUGAACAAAAAUAAAUGUAAUGCAUGUAUUGAGAAAACAGUUCUGCGAUACAACCUGUUGCUUGAUUGUUGAGAUUUUGUUUUCUAUACGAGUCACGAUUAAUCUUAAAAAAAAAACUCGAGUUUUAGUUUCUCACGAGAAUGGCUUUGCUGAUUUCUUUUCGCGACUGUUGGAAAGUCUCGAGAGAUUUAUACCACCAUUUUGUUUACGUAGGUAGACAGGCAAAAUUAGUGCGAGAGAAAUGUGGAAACGCGAGGUUUAUAAAUAAUUAUCGACGCUAGAGUUAAUCGAAAGUGAUGUAUCUUGUUUAUCGCUCAACUAGAUGCAUUGAAUUUUAAUAACGAUGUAAAUAUCAUUGAUACAUUAAUUACAUGCUCGUCCGACUCUUAAUUUUUAAUUUCUGCAAAUAAGUAUUAUUUAGCUGUGUUGCAUAUUCGAUGUAAACUGCAUUUAAAAUAGACGCGUUGAGAUUGUUUUCCUUUUCAUCGUACUUAAUGUAUUUCUGGCGAAAAUUGUCAAUUUGUUAUCGUCUUCCUAGUCUUAUUUGUUCAAAUGUAAAUUGCAAAUAUCCUCGAUGAUCACGCAUUGUAAGAUUUCACGAAAAACUUUUCAUGAAUUCUUGUAUAUUCGUUAUGUUUACGUUCGAGGCACGCGAGCUUUUUAAAUUUUUAUUAAACCCCUUGCAGUUCGGAUUUCUUGAUUUCGAGCAAUACGAUACGAAAAUACUAAAUGGACUUUAUUUACUAAGAGACGCGUACAUUGGGAGUGUUUCCAUUCGCAUCUGUACAAAGUAAUAGAUAAAUAUAGGAUGUUGAAAAAUGUUGAUCGUAAUGUAUGCACUCUUAAACGUAACGUUUCUCGCCCGAUGAACAGUCGUCGGGAUGAACGAGAGGAAACUAGUUUAAUGGGUACGAAUUUUAUAUGCGGAGAAUCGAGUUUACUGUGUCAGUGUUCUGUAUAACGUCUUUAAUAAAAAAUAACGUGAAGGAAGUGCUAUAAUUAAAGUUAUUUCCGGAUCGAGGCAGGACCUGGUUCACGUAUGAUAUCCGCCUUUUUAGAUUUUUAUUUAUGUAGCAAUUUUGUCAAUGAAAAUAAAGUUUUAUUUAAAAACGA